AAGGAAUUCCCUUCAUUUAUCAUUUCCUUUUGUUCAACUUUCCGUUUUGUUUUUGUUUUUGUGUCAAAGCAAUAAGCUUUAGAAUGAUACUAUCAUCUGUAUGAGUAGAUUGUUGCCAUCAUCUUCUGAGAGUGCCACUUGAAAUAGUGAAUUAGUGAUAGUUCAUCAUCGAGAACUUCAACGAUCCGUAUGUCACGAGGAAGACUUCCUAUAAUGGAUUUAAAACAAGCUUAUGAUGUUGAACUUAUGAGUUCUACUUCUAAAAUUCAGCAUGAACUGUGGCCAUUAGAUGAAAUUGAUUCAAGGAAUGCAAAGUUCCCUUGCUGUCUAGUUUGGACUCCUCUCCCUGUUGUCUCAUGGUUGGCACCCUUCAUUGGACAUCUUGGCAUUUGCAGGGAGGAUGGAGCUAUUCUCGACUUUUCAGGAUCGAAUUUUGUGAAUGUUGAUGAAUUCUCUUUCGGUGUCACAGCUCGAUAUGUUCAACUUGAUAGAGAAAAGUGUUGCUUUCCUCUGAACAUGUCCGGGCACACAUGCAAGCAAGGUUACCAGCAUUCCGAGUACGGGACAGCGAUCACAUGGGACGAUGCGUUGCGGUCGAGUGUGCGCUACUUUGAGCACAAGAGCUACAACCUCUUCACAUGCAACUCUCACUCAUUCGUCGCCAAUUGUCUCAACCGACUCUGCUACAACGGCUCUGUCAUAACCAUUUUUAGAUAA